AUGGCUGCCAGGAAAUCUUCGUCCGUGAAAUCAAAGUCCAGCAAGCUAGUUGUAGCAGCGAUUGAAAUCGGCACGACAUUUUCUGGAUAUGCUUUUGCUUUUAAACAUGAUGUUGAGACAGACCCGCCGAAGAUAAAUGUCAUUCCAGCAUGGAUCGCCGGUGGUCAGCGUAUCUCAUUGGAAACGCCGACUGUUUUGUUGCUUGACCCUGAACAAAACUUUGAGGCUUUUGGUUUUGAUGCUGAAAACAAAUAUGCUGAACUUGCCGCUGACGAUGAGCACGAGGGAUACUUCUACUUCCGGAGGUUUAAGAUGAAGCUGUACAACUCCACAGUAAGUGUACACUUUCAAAGGUAA